AUGACGAAAUCAGCAUCUUUCGAUGUCAUCGGCACAUGUUUCGAAUUCUCAGCCCCCAUCCUCGCCAUCGAAAAGCGACUAAGCCUUAAACUGCAAGCCAACUCCGUGGACCCAAAAACACUCUUCUUCUCCUGGUUCUACGCCGUCCAGCGCGACUUCACCUAUAUUUCCAUGAACGGAGCCUACGUGCCUAUUGCGCAAGUUCUCAAGUCGACGUUUCGACGCGCUUGUGCUGUCGUCGAUGUACCAAUGGACGCUAUUACCGAUGAAGAUGUCGGCGCGGUCAUGGAAGCGUUCAAAGCCAUGGGACCUAGAGAGGGACUAAAGAGGUGUGUGGAUGGGUUGAGGGAAGCAGGAUGGGAUGUCUAUGGUGUGACUAAUGGUGGAUCGGAAACGUCGUUGGGGUAUUACCACAGCGCUGGCAUUGACCUGGAUGCUGAGCAUUUGGUCAGUUGUGACGCUAUUCAGAUUGCAAAACCUGAUGUUAGGGUAUAUGAGAAUGCGAACAAACACCUGACGAGUAUGGGCCAUGACGAGGCGAAUGCAGAAAGAUGGUUUGUGGCGGCGCAUGCUUGGGAUCUUAUUGCUGCUCGUAAGGCGGGGUUCAAGACUGCGUAUUUGGACUUUGAAGAGCAUGAUCCGUGUACGGAUUGUUUUGGGGAGUUUGACUUGUAUGCAACGAGCAUGGAUGAUUUGUUGGCGAAGCUCAGACAACUAAAGUAG